UCACAGAAUCAUUGUGGAACCUUAGGGGAGUCACACUUAACCCUUUGUUUGUCCAUCUAUACAAUGGGGAGAGUGUUUCUUUCUAGGCAUCGAGUGGGGGCUGUGUAUUGUAUCCAGCAGGUGCUUCUGCUAAACUGAGGGCCACAGGGAUGCCUGCGUCGUCCUACAAAUAGUAUCCGACCAAGCGCUGCCUAUCUGUUGAGUGGGAUCCAUACUCCAACAGGCUAGAAUCUGUCUCCGAAGAAUACAAGACCAACUCCUCAGGCCUGAAAACUGUCUCUGAAUAAUACAAAAUACGAAGGGGAGAAAUACUCUACAGGCCCAGAAUCUCUCUUUGAAGGAUACAACAUCUGGACAGAGGUUAAAUGGUAAAUCCUAGGAAGGAAAUCAUCAGGACAAGCUUUUACAACGUGUGCUAUUGGUGCUGCCCACAUUGUCCUGUGAGCUGAGAGUCUGGAGAGAAGAGUCCAGUUUAAAAGUAUGUUACGUGCUUUCAGAGAUAACCUUUGUGACAGCAUGGCCGACCAGCAUAAGGACUUCAAUAUGACAGAUGACCAUUUGGUGAGCCAAGCUAGGUGGAACCAGACAGGUGAGCCUUUUCAGGUGGGAGACAGGAAGGAGCUUCUUCCGCAGGGUGGAAUCCAGCAGGAUGGUGACAUACAGUUCAAAAAGAAUGGAGACAAGCUGUCUGAGGGGAUGGAGCCUGCAAGCGUAAAUGGGUUGAGGAAAGGCUCUCCCCUCCAUAUACCAGUUGAUGAUGGAUCUGAUGAACCAGGGUCUGAUGCAUCUGAUGCUAAAAGUACCCCAACUGUGGAAGAGGCCACUGCUCCACUAGUGGAGGAUAGAGCACAUGAGGAUCGGACUGCAGCUCGGCAGCAUGCCGAGAUACUUGAGGGAACCACAGGUGAGGAAGCAGGCAUAGUCUCUACUCCCAACCACGAGGACCAUGCUGCAGGGGAUGCUCAAGCUGAUGGCUCCCUCUACUUCAGAGGUGUUUUGAAAGAAGAUGUCUUUGGGCAGGGAAAGGAUGAAGACAGGGACAUUGAUGAAGCAGCUCAACAGGAUAUUGUGGAUGAGAAAGAGCCAUUCAUACCAGAAGAAAGGAGUGCCAUUUCAGAAAAGGACCCUACUGAGUUAUUUUACCGGGUUGAAGUUGAAGCUAAUGUCCAGAAGGAAAGUAAAUGCUUGGAACCUAUGGUAGAAGUAGGCAAGCUAUCAGAGAACAUAUCUUUGGAAGGGGAGCCAAUGGAUACCAUGCAGAUCUCAGAUUUGGAAAGUGCUUCUGGAAAGAAAACUGCAAGUGGUAUAUCAGAGAAACAGGGCAGUCGACUGCCACUUCUGAAAGCUCGUAUGGAUAACAAAAAUGGGACUGGAAAUGAAGAACUGAAGCCAAAGGGUCCAGAUAUGAAAAGUGCAACCAAGAUAGCUGUUCCACGCCCUCCUGUGGCACAAAACCAGAAGAGUCCGGCUGGUACAUCUCGGAUCCCUGCUAAAACUCCUACCAUUCCCAAGACGCCCCCUAGCCUUGCUGCAAAGAAGGAGCAGAGGAGGCCCCCAAACACAGCAGCAAAAUCUGAGAAAGGUGAACAAGUAAAGUCUGGAGAUAGAAGUGGCUAUAGCAGCCCUGGAUCUCCAGGAACUCCUGGCAGCCGGUCCCGCACCCCAUCCCUGCCAACCCCACCAAACAGGGAGCCCAAGAAGGUGGCAGUGGUGCGCACUCCACCCAAAUCUCCUGCUUCGGCCAAGAGUCGCUUGCAGACAGCUCCUGUCCCAAUGCCAGACCUGAAGAACAUCAAGUCUAAGAUUGGCUCCACUGAGAAUUUGAAGCAUCAGCCUGGGGGUGGAAAGGUGCAGUUGAUUAAUAAGAAGCUGGACCUUAGCCAUGUCCAAUCCAAGUGUGGAUCAAAGGAUAAUAUCAAACACACCCCAGGAGGAGGCAGUGUCGCGGUGAUUGAUAAGAAGCUGGACUUUAGCCAUGUUCAAUCCAAGUGUGGAUCAAAGGAUAAUAUCAAACACACCCCAGGAGGAGGCAGUGUUCAGGUGAUUGAUAAGAAGCUGGAUUUUAGCCAUAUCCAAUCCAGAUGUGGAUCAAAGGAUAAUAUCAAACACACUCCAGGAGGAGGCAGUGUUCAGGUGAUUGAUAAGAAGCUGGAUUUUAGCCAUAUCCAAUCCAGAUGUGGAUCAAAGGAUAAUAUCAAACAUACCCCAGGAGGAGGCAGUAUACAAAUUGUUUACAAGCCUGUGGAUCUCAGCCACAUAACAUCCAAAUGUGGUUCCUUGGAUAAUAUUCAUCAUAAACCAGGCGGUGGGCUGGUGGAGGUGAAAUCUGAGAAACUGGAUUUCAAAGAUAAAGUGCAAUCGAAAAUUGGGUCGUUAGAUAACAUCACCCAUAUUCCUGGAGGAGGAAAUAGAAAGAUUGAGAGCCACAAGCUGACCUUCCGUGAGAAUGCCAAAGCCAAGACUGACCAUGGAGCUGAAAUUGUCUACAAAUCGCCCACUGUUUCUGGUGAUGCCUCCCCACGGCGCCUUAGCAAUGUCUCCUCCACCGGAAGCAUCAACAUGGUGGACUCCCCACAGCUGGCCACAUUGGCUGACGAAGUGUCUGCUUCCCUGGCCAAGCAAGGCUUGUGAUUGUGUUUAAGUGGGUGGAGAGAAUAAGAAGAAAAGAAUCCACUCCGGCCUUUCUUUCUCUGUUCCUUUUUACAUCUGCAUCCCCCACCAUUCCUUUUUUCUUUCUUUCUUUCUUAACUUAAUGGGCUAACUUUUUAACCUGCUCCCACUCCUUCCCCAUUUCCUCAUUCAUCUCUGGCCUCAGGAUUUCAAAAUGGGAAAGUGAAUUUCCCACCAUUUCUGAAGAUCUCAGUCUAGAGAAACAUAUCCUUUCUGUCCUCACCCCUAAACAAAAGGAAAUGUAAUUGCCAGGUGAACGUUUGCUGCUUUAGAUAUCUAUCUUGAGAAAGAAGAGUGGUGUCUGCUGAUGUGCAUGUACAGUAGUGAGCCAAGCACAUCCCCUUAAACAUAGAGUCUCUCACAUAGCAAUUGCUUAUCCACCUUCUACAAGAAUCCCUGCUGCUUUCGGGCAAUGGGAGAGGGAUGGGUGCAAGUGGAUGGCUAGACCAUAUGUCAGAUUUCACACAGGCAGUUUUUAGUGUGGAACGCUUGUUGGAUGACUCAGGCAAUAUGGUCUUUCAUAUUUCACUUGUGUAGAAAGGGUGAGGGGUUACCACACAGAAAUAAUGAGAUGGGGCAGCCAAAAGCUCAAUUGCAAAGGAUGCACACACCUUUAUGCUCAUUUUGGGAAUUUGGCUGCAGUCAUUACCUCACACAAGUGUUACUUGUGUAAUUAAAAGGAAUCAAGUGAAAAGGCAUUUUAACCCUGCAAGUUCUGUGCUCCUUUAUGCUAUUUUUCAAAUGAUGCAUUCUGAAGAACAUCCUGCCACCUUGUGUGUUCUCUUUCCCUAAAAAAAUGAAUCUUGAAAAUUUAAUGACAUAGGUUUGGUGCCAGACAACGUCCUACUUUGAGCAGACUUGAUAAAACACAUAUUUACUAAAUAUGUGUCUGGAUUCACCCCAUUGCUUUUAAUUUUUUGUAGCAGUGACUAUUGCCACCUUUCUUCCCUUCUCUAUCAUUGUUUCUAGUACACCUUCACCUUGCUUGUCUCCUUCAGCUUAUCUACCCAGUAUCUUCAAUUUCAUGUUACUGUGCCAAUCUCUUUGCACCUACCACACAUGCCAGCAUUGGAAAUCGUCUACUUCAUCUAACAACUUGGGGCGGAUUUGUGGGGAGAAGAACAGUAGGAGAAGUAAAGUAGCCAUUUUGCUCCUUGGGCUCAGUCUAAAAAGGCCUGGCUAUUUCUCAUAGUUUCCAUGGGGAAGAUAUGUGUGUCUGUGUGUAGAGAAAUGUGUGAGGUAGAGGGGGUGGCUGUAGGGUGUCUUGUUUUACCAUUGACAGGUGCACUUAUUUAAGGGACGUGCAAAUAGCAGGAAGGGUACUUCUUUGGCAGGGCAUCUGUUUAGCACAAUGUGGGUUUACAUCAAUUCUGGCAAAGUACACUUGCCUCAUAUCCUCUUCAUAUUCUGUAUGUUUGCUACUUGAUAUCUGCCCACUUGAAGGACUGGUAGUACCUCAAGAUACCUUUAGACAGAUUUCAGAUACAGUAUGAUUCACCCCCCCCCCCCCCAAUUCACAGAUUAGGUAUCCAUAGGUUCACUUAGCCAUGCUCUAAAAAGUACUUCUUCCUGGAGACACUUGUGGAACUCUCUAGGUUCUCAAGUGCUAUUCUAUGGUGUGCUUCUAUCUCACAUAUAGUAAAAAAAAAAGUUCUCAUCCAUAAAUUCAUUGGGGAAUAGAGUUGGAAUGUAUCUUAUGUUUAUAUGGAGGCUGCACUGUACACAUCAUGACGUAGUGUUGGUAGUCUCAACACAUUCUUCCACAGUAUAGCCAGCGGGGUGAAUACUAGGUUUAAAGGCCCUCUCUUUCUUGUAUCUCUUGCACAUUUGAUCCUAGUGGGGAAGAAACCCCUAACAAGCACAUGGUACAAAAGUAACAAGUUCCCUUGAAUACAAGGGCUCCAACAAUAGUUCCUCAAAUUGUCAUUCUUUUUUCCAUCCCUUGGAGUUGGGCAAGGAAGAGAUGGCUGUAUCUUAUCCCAGUUGCUCAGAAAUUGUGGCACCAACUUCUGUUUCUUCCCAAACUAUGUAUUCUAGCUAGCACCCCUCAAUUGGCUCUCUUAAAGAUGACUGAAACCCUUCUAAUUUCAAGUACUUAAACCGUUGUCCUCAGCUACUGUCGUUCCCGUUCAUACCUUUUUAAUUCCUGUCCCCAAUUUCUACCUUUCAGGCACCUUCAGAUAUACUCCAUUUUGCUGAAAUAACACUUAAAAACCCCAAAUUGAAGAAAGCAUGUUCCUAUUUAAAUUUAAAACAGAUCACAAACAUAUUGGUAUGAACAAGAGUAUUCUGUGUAUGGAAAAGUAGCCAAUUUAGGUUAGCUAAACUCACUGGGUGACUUCGAGUGAGUAAACACACUCAGCCUCAGAAACUCCCAUGAUCACUUCACCUUAAAGUCGCUGUCAAUUAGAAAUGACUUAAAGGCACACAACAAGCAGAAGUGUGAACAGUAAAGCAAGUUGUUCCUCCCCCUACCUUUCCAUACAUGAUACACCAUUAGAAUAUGUUUGGAAAUUGCUAAAAGAUAAAGUCAAAACCAUCCUACGCUGGGAAAAAUAUACAUCUGACUAUACUACGGAGCUUACCUAGAAAGUAGAAAAGAGUAAUGGACUUCCCACGGCUGGUAGAACAAAUCAUGCUGCAUUGCUUUAUUAGUGUUCAAAACACGAUGAGGCUUUGCCAGGAGGUGUGAAGAAGUUCCAUAUAGAUGCUCCAUUUAUUUUUUGUCAUGGAGCAGAAGGAUUCAUACAUGUGAGGUCCUGCUCAAUUCAGGCAGAGCCUUUUAACUCUAGCAAUAUUGUGGUGGCCGUUCUGGUUUGGGAAGGGGCUGCGCCCACAUCUUGAACCUGCCUUAUUGCUAAGCAAUGGGUGGCAUGCUUUGUAAAAGCAUCUACAAAGUACAGUUGCCAGUAGAACCUGCAGCCUGGCCAGAAGCCUACUGAGUCUUUAUGUUGGCCUAAGAGCACAGAAUGGAGAUGAUGUUAGGAAGGUAAUUAUGAGCACCGAAUCAGAUAUUUCACCAGCCCCAGCAUACGUCACAUCUUCCUCCAUUCUUAAAAGGCAAUCAUAAGGUUUAUUCAUUUACAGUUAUAGUAUGCCACAGGUGGUACGGGGCAAUUUAUUUAUGUUGUUCUUUAAGCCAGUCCCAUUGGGGGAGUAGGUGACGUGGGAAAUGGCCUGUUUCAAACACAAGUUGAUAAUCCACUUAUAGCUUCACUUGCUGUUUUAGAAUGAUUCAGAAUAGUAACCCUGUACCCAUCACUGGCACUGUAUUUAUAAAGAGGUUGCUUAAAAGUGGCAGUCAUUUGUUAUAAUCCGUUCAGAUGAGGGUUAGGAAAAGUGCAGAUUCUACAAGCAGAAUGUCUGAAGGUAAAUAAACUUGCUUUUUAAUAAAAGGGUAUGACAAAAAAAAGGAUAGGAUAGCAAGUCAAAAGAGGAACAACACAAGUUUAUAGAAUAUUACACUGGUACACGGGAAAUACUGAUAUGGUUGAAGGGUUAGUAAAAUCAGUAUUGUUCAGUCUUUAAUGAUUUAAAGAUGUGUAAACUGCCUACCAUUCUAAAAUGCAGAAAUAAUAGCUGGCUUUCUUUUAAACCCAGCAUUAUAAAAAUUGUGGAAUGCAGGAGACUCCCCCACCGAGAACCUAGACAUUAUGACUCAAUUCAACUCACACAACUACAGCUUGGCAUGAAAAAAAAAUCCCUUGCAUUAUCCCUUGUCAGUUAUUGCAUAGAGCAUAGACCGAAAUAAAAUGACAGGCUUUCUUCAGCAUGAAAGAAAUGCAAAGCAAUUAUCUUUACAACUAUUGCCCCCCAUCCUUUUUCAUUGCUCACAUCCUCCACCACUUUGAAGCAUAGAUCAUAUUAUUUCCUCCACCCAAAUGUAGCUGUCUCCCUAAAUCAUAGGUGCUGUUCUGAGCUUGGAUUUUACUUUUCUUUAUAACUCAUUUUAGGACAAAAGGGGCAUCACUUUUCCAGAUGGUUAGACCCAUGAGAGUUUCAGUCUAGGUCCAUGUCAAACUGACUGGCUGAUGUCUUGUCUUGGUAUAUAAAUUUACAUAUCUAGGGGUUUGAAAAAGUGUUAAACUUGACAGUUGAAAGUCUUGGUUUUGAAGUUAAAAAGGAAAAAAAAGAUAGCGGGCUUUGUUAUAUGGAACGUGGAAGUACGCAAAAGGGAAAAAUGGAGUUUAGAAGACCCUGCAAUUCCCUUUUCAAAGUUUUUCAGGGGGUGGGAAACGGGGUGGGGGUGGGAAGGGAGCGAGAUCUCCGUAUGAUCAUCCUAGCUUAGCUACCUGUCUGUGACUGUCCAUAUUGUACUUGUGUGUUUUAACAACUGGUUUACACUGACUGUUGCUGUAAAAGUGAAUUUGGAAAUAAAAAAGGCAUUACUACAAUA